CCCGAGACGGACAUCAGAGCUUCUUCUUCUCUCCUCAGUGAUUCUCUGCAGUCUGCGAGAUGAAGGAUCAAAACUUUUCAGACGACGUCUUAAAGAUUCUUCAGGAAGCUCCGAACGCUCAAAAAGCUCUGAAAGGAAACUAUGAAAACCUGCUGAAGGUGUCCGAGUACUGCUAUAAAAACUACAUAGAGUCAGGUGAUGGCAGCAUGAAGGCGCUGGAGGAGACGAAGAACUUCACCACCCAAUCACUGGCCAGCGUUGCGUACCAGAUCAGCACGCUGGCCAGUAGCGUGCUGAGCCUGCUGGACGCACAGACCAAUCAGCUGCGCCACAUGGAGUCCUCCAUCAACCUGAUUGGACAGACGUUUGAGAUGCACAAGGAGAAGGUUUCUCGGAGAGAGAUCGGCGUUUUCACGGCGGUGAGACGAGUCCCACGCAACCAUAAGAUCAUCCCCCCCUCCCAGCCGGCAGCCCGCCCCCCCUACAGCCGCCGGCCAAUCAACUUCCAGCAGCUGGACAGCCUGGGUCACGGCAUCAAGGUCUCUGGGAAACAGUCGGACAGAACAGGAACGAUCCGCAAACAUGGCGCCUCCGUCAGGUCCAAUAAACCUCCAGAGCCGGUCCAGUGCCCAGUGGCUCCCCCUGUUGGCCGCUCCAGUUUUGGGACCCCUGUGGCCCCCCCAUCCAUCCCCUCCACCUGGCAGGCUCCACCUGAGUGUGACAUCAUCAACCCCCUGCAGGACGAAGCCCCGCCCCCUCCUCCUCCUCCUGCCCUGAUGGACAUCAUGGCCCCGCCCCCUCCUCCUGACCUAUCUGGGGGUAUUGUGCCCCCGCCCCCUCCCCCUCCCCCUCCCCCACCAGAGGCUUCGCCCACUGACCCGCUGCCCCCCCCGCUCCUCGAGACAGUGGUGGAGGAGAACGUCCUCCCUCCUCCCCCCCCUCCUCCCUCUGAUGAUGACGGCUUCCCUCCGCCGACCAAUGACGGCUCAGAGCUGCCGGCCCCGCCCCCCCCUCCCCCCCAGGAAGUAGACGUGACCGUCUCCUCCCGGAGGAGCCGCCGCCGCCGCUCGCCCCCCCCUGCUCGCUCUCACUCUCUGAGGGUCCGCUCUGGCCCCGCCUCCCGCUGCCGCUACACGCGCUCACUCUUCCUGCCCGCUGUCCAAUCACUGAUGAUCCCUCCUCCUCCUUCCUAUCCUCCCCCCAAAGCUCCUCCUCUUCCUCCCCCCUCCUCCCCUUCCUCCCCCUCCUCCCCCUCCUCCUUCCUCCUGCUCCGCUCCUCCUCUUCUUCACCUCGGCUCUGCUUACCUGCUCGCCUCGAACACCUGGACCUGGAGAUCCUGGUCCCGCCCCCUCCUCUCCUAUUGGACGAUGAAGGUGGCUUUGAUGACAUCAUGCCGCCCCUCCCUCCACCCGUGGACUAUGACCUAGACGCCCCCCCCCACUACCUGGAGAAAGUGGUGGCGCUGUACGACUACACGGCGUCCAAGCCUGAUGACCUGUCACUCACUGAAGGUGACAUCAUCUACCUGACACAUCACCAUGACGACGGCUGGUGUGAGGGAGUUCUCCAUGGUAACAAAGGCUUCUUCCCAUCAAACUACGUCCAAACAUGUGGCUAGACGGAAGCCCCGCCCAGGAGAGUGAUGUCAUUUCCUGUCCUCUGGUCACAUGACUGAGUGAAACUUUUAUUUUUAACAUAAUAAAUAAUUUAGAGAAUAAUAAUAAUCAGGUUAUUGAUCUCAGCUGAUCACUUUGAUUGAUUGAUGCACACAAACUGAACACUGUGAGUUCAAACUGUCAGUAUUAUAAUUAUCAUCAGACUUUAUUUAUGAAUUCAUAGUUUUAUUUAAAUGAAAGAAAUAUAAACAUGAUCAGUAUUAUUUCAGUAUGAGCACGAUGAUCAAUAAAUAAAUCUAUAACUGUAACGUGUUUCUGUUUGUUUCAUAUUUCAAAAUAAAUUACA